AUGGAUAAAGCAAAUAUUGUCAAAAAGUUUUCCAGUUCACAUUUUGAUUUUAGAUCUUCCAGGUUUUUUCUAAGAGUCAAGCAAUACAGGAGGAGAGAUGUUCAGUGCUGUAACUAUGUAAGAAGAUUUUUAGAAGGCCACCUUUUUUCUUUGAUUAUGAUCAGUACCGUCUCAUUUAAUGCUGUGUGCAUGGUUUUGCAGACCUAUUAUGAUAUUAGAUACAACUUUUUCUUUGCUUUUGAGGUAUUAGACGUCCUAUUUAAUGCGGUUUAUUAUUUUGAGUUCUGUAUCAAAUUUUAUGUGGAUCUCAUGAAAUAUUGGCAGAAUGGAUACAAUGUGUUGGAUGUUGUUAUUAUCAUCAUCCUUUGGCUUCCUCAAUACCUGCGGAAGAAUUUCCGAAGAGAGUAUGGAUAUCUAAAUAUAGCAGAAGGUAUCCAGGCUUUUCGAAUUCUCAAACUCAUUCCCUACAGCCGAGGAAUAAAGACAUUGAUCUCUGCUCUAGGACAGACCAUUUGCACUGUGACUUCUGUCCUGGUCUUGCUGUUCCUGCUGAUGUUCAUCUUUGCCAUCUUGGGCUUUUGUCUGUUUGGAACAAGUGAGGAAGCUGAUAUGGAAAACUGGGGAAACCUUGCUGUGGCCUUUUUCACCCUUUUCAGCUUGACCACGGUGGAUGGUUGGACAGAUCUGCAGGGAGUCCUGGAUAAACGGGGAUAUAUGUGGAGCAGGGCUUUUACCAUUGUCUUCAUUUUGAUUGGCUCCUUUGUGUUCCUCAGUAUGUUUGUUGCUGUCAUGAUCAUUCACACAGAGGAUUCGAUCAAGAAAUUCGCAAAGGUAUUGUCCACUGAGAGACAAUUGGCUCUUAUAGAAGACAAGCAAAAAGUACUGAAAAAGCAGCAGGAAGAAAUCAAUAUACUCAUGCACAAAGAGAAAGGCAGAACUUAUAAAUCUUUCAGUGACCUCGUCAGAGGUUUUAAGAAGUCUCUGAGUCAUACGGACCCCAUGGUUUUGGAAGAUUUUUGUGCUACCCUUCCCUUCAUCGAUAUUUACCUUUCAUCACUAGACAACCAAGAUAAUACUGUUCUGAGGUAG